AUGAUUGAGGUUUCUGUUUCUGGACAGGCUCUUGAAGACGACGACCCAGUGACUGUGACGUUCCCGUCGACGCUCCGGCGGGUGAUAUUAGAAGCGUGGUGGGAUUUGGGUUUUAC